CUUCUCUCCUGGAUUUUUCUCAUCACUGAAUGAACAGAACUGAAGGGCUCAGAGGAGCUGUGAGUGGAAAACACAAUGACUGCUCUGAAAAUUCUGGUGCUUUUGUGGAUAUGUCACUGUGUUUUUCUUCAAGGUUCUGAGUUUAUGAAAAAUGAAAGCAUUGCAUUGCCAUCCUUGACAGUAUCCACAGGUACAGCCAAAUUAGUGACUCUUGUAGUUGGAUUCCAGGAUGCCAAUAUUCUUAGUUCUCCUUCCCCUACAGAAGAGAAAUCAGCAGCCUUAUCAGUGGCAGCCUCUGGUGUCAUCAGCUUCAUUGUCAUUUUGGUAGUGGUAGUGGUCAUCCUGGUCUGUGUGGUCAGCUUAAGGUUCAGGUGCCAUCACUGCAAAGAUGCAAAAGCAGAUAAACAGAAACCUCAGCAUCCAGUAGUAACCUAUAGCUGCUCUGAUGCGGAAACUACAGCUGGCAUGAAGAAUGUCUUGUUGGUCUCCAUGAAGGACUUAAACACAAGCAACAAAGAUGUUACAAAGACAAUGGUUACAUAUGAAGAAUAAGGAGGCAUUUUAAAACCUGCAACAUUAUUAGUCAUCGUGAGAAGAUGCAGUAUAUUUAAUUAUUGUUUCCACCUGGGACACAGACAUAUGAAGAUGCCUUAUAAAUGGGACCACUGGUCGAUCUAGCUUAGAAUUGGUUACUCUGGCUGACAGUAACUCUUGAGAUCUAAGACAGAGGUCUUUCCCAGCAUUUUUUACCUGAACCUUUAGCUGGAGAGUCACCUGUGGAAUGCAAAGCAUAUACCUUAUUGUUAUAACUCACAGUUCUGCUAGUGAACAAGACUCAGGCUGCAGAUUCAGAGAGAAAUGUGCUAAAGGGACUGGUCUUCUUUUUCCUGGCCCACAACUCACAGAAUAUGUUCUCCAAGGUGAUGCUGCCGAGUGGGGCAGGUGAGGCUACUGCCAUGGGAAGGAGAGGAUGUGGGUUAGUUAGCUGCUACAUUUUUCUCUGACUUGAAAUUCUUAAUUUCUUUUGGGUGGAGGUUUAUAGUAUAAUCUUCCCCAACCCAAUAGACUCCAGAUGUAUUUGAUUUCAGCUCAAGUGAUCUUUCACUUCUGCUAGACCUAA